CUUGGCUACCCGCAAAGCGGGUGGUCCCCAUGGGAUUAGGCGGCGGGUUGGCUACCUAGGUUAACCAAAAAAAUAAACAUACAUAAAUAAAUUUCACAAUGAACAUUAUGAAUGCUGAUAUGGAAAUACCCUUAUUGACAGUGCAGUAGAUUGGUAACAUCUAAUGAGCCCAAGUAGAUACUAAUUCUGAAGUGGUGGUAGUAAAAUUAUGAUUGAUGAGAUUGGUGUAAGUGUGAAACAGUUAAGUGAUUUUGUUUCUUAAACGAUAGUUCAUUUUGGGCCUAUUAUAAUUUAUGUUAAACUUCUACCUUCAAAAGAAAGAUGGAUGCCCGGUAGGUUGAUGAAAAAGAGAUUUUUAGGCAAAGAUGAAGAAAACUUGUAAAAAUUGUUGGCAGAAGGGACACAAUGUUAGGUCUUGCAAGAACGAGACUAAAGACCCACCUCCACAGAAGGUGAGGGGGCCAAGAGGCCGGCCUAGAAAAGCCGAAGCACUAAUUACAACUGUGACAUCUUCUACAAGUCCGAGAGCACGCAGAGGUGGCUGGAUAGCGGAUGAAACAAAGAAUGAGCUUUUACUUUAUUUUGUACAGAACAUGGGGAUCUUACCAGCAGAUGUUCUUGAGGAAGUUCAUACUGGUCAAGAAAGCCCAGAAGUUAAAGAAAUACAUUUUGGUGAUCAAAUGGUUGAUCAAGAAAGUUCAGCUGAAGGUAAUCAGAUUGAAGUUGGUCAUGAGAUAGAUGGGGAGCGCUUUGAACAAGGUGACGAUCAUAUGAAUGGUGACGGACUUGAUGUUGUUUCUCAACAAUCCAGUAGAGAGGAAGCCCCUGAUGGUGAUGAUCUUUAUGAACCAAGUCAAUUGUGUGGCGAGUCUAAGAAGAGGAAGAAGUCAGAGAGGAUACUAAAGAGGAAGCUUAGCAAACCAGUUUAUGACGAGGAUGGAGGAGGGUCAGCAAUUGACAAGCCACUAAUUUUAGAUUAGUACUCUAGCAAUGUCAAUUUUGCUGCUGUAAAUCCUAUGAAACUGGCCGUGGUCCUUUCAACAAUGGUAAAUAUUUCAUUAUUUCUAGCAUUUAUGUUUGACUGUUUCUCCAUUUUAGAAUUUUAACUUGUUACUGUGACAGUGUGACCAAUAUUAGUUAUGGAGGGUUAUUUAGUGACAUUUUCCCUUUGAUUUAACUUAUUCAUUGAACAUGUGGGAAGUAGUUCAAGAAUAGGAAUUUACCGUAUGCGAUUGUAAUUUUACUUCACAUUUUAUAUAUUUUGCUGCUGGGAACUUAUACAGUUAUUUGAUUGA